AUGUCUCCGACAGCCCGCUCCAGCGCCAAAAUGUGCGACAGCCCGCUUCAGCACGCAGACAUAUCCUACAGCCCGCUCCAGUGUAGACAUCCAUCACUCACGUCUGUCUCUGCCCGUCAGCUUCGACCUGAGAUCACGUCCGUCACGCUCUGUGAACACCCACGCAGCCUCUGCUGCAUUCAUGGAGGCCAUUACUGCCACCCUCCUCCUCCUCCUCCUCCUCCUCCUCCUACUCUUCCUCUCCUGGGACCAAACGGGAUCUUUCGUGUUGCCAGAGCCUCAUCGGUCGGUCAGGAGUCGGCGUGCUGUGAGCGGACUAAUGGACGCUCGGACGUGUUUGUGCCGACGCAGAGCCAGGAGGCGCCACAGCAGUCGGAGAAGAAGACGACGCCGUUGCCUCGAGAGACUCAGUCUCAGCAGCUGGAGUCGGCUGCGUUCACGCUGCCUCUGCAGCUCUCUGUGAACACGCAGAGCAGCGGUCCGGCUCAGAAGGCCUCCGAGCAGACGGAGGAGGACAGCCAGGCCACGCAGAUCGAGGAGCUGGAGGAGCCGCCCGGCGUCGACACCAGCGACUCUGUGACUUCACAUCGGAGGAGCGAGAGCAACGGCGUCCCCUCAGAGUCACAGACCCCCAGUAGCUCUAAAGCGUCCACCUCUGCUGAAUCACCAAAGCGUGCCAGCGAAUGUGCCAGGAAGGAGCCGUCCAAUCUGGAGUCUGACGUGCACAAAAAGACUUCUCUGAAUGUACAAAAUGUGAAUGUAAAAGACGGCGAGAGCAAAGCGGCGAGCUCGGCUGGCGCGGUGUCCUGCUCGCAGCCAAAGCUUGAUGUGUCUGUGAACAGCUGUGUGCAGGAGACGCCCCCUGACACCACGCCCUGCAGCCUGCCCUCUCAGUCUGUGGUCUCUCAGGCGUCUGCUGAGGACGCGAUGAAGACAUCUGUAGACCUGAAGGAAGGAGGAACUGCGAAGAGUCCGUCCGCUGAAUUGUCCUCGCAGGCGAGCGGAGCGGCUAACAGUCAAACAGAGGAGCGUAAGCAGGGUGGCGUCGUGGAGGAGGAGGUGAUGGAGGAGGAGGGCGAGAGCACGGUAGGGGGCGGGGCCUCAGGAAUGGCUCUGCUCCUCUCUCAGAGCCAGAUGCUGUCUCCGGAGCCGAUGGAGGAGGACAGUGAGGACAGAGGGGAGGACAGCGUCAUCGUGGUCACGGACAGCGACAGAGACUCACAGCUUCUGCAGAAAGAUGUGACAUCACAGUCAAAGACCAGCAGCUCCCAGCCAAUCACAGGCAACGUCUCUGUCUCCACCAACGGCCACGAGUCCCAGGAGCAGAAGGAGGUGCACGCCACUUCUGAUAGGCUCUCCCAGACUGAGAGGGCGGGGCCUGAACCAGAGGGGCUCAAAGACAAGAGCCUGAGCGACAGCUCGGGAGAAAUUUCCUUCCACUUCACGCUUCCUAAAGAGGGCGAGCCGAUUGGUCCUGCUGUUGGGGCCACGCCCCCUCUAAUCAACCAGCUGAAGCAGACGUUGAGACACAGCACGCCCAUCGAAAUCACAUCUUUCUCUGAGAAGUCCGGCGUGGCGGCUGACGUCUCUGCAGACGGGGCGAUGGCGGCCAGCGACAUCGUGUCAGGGGAAAGCGGGGACGACUCAACGGAAAAGGGAGACGGGAAGCUGAGUUUGAGGAUGAAGCUGGUGACCCCGGUGGAGGAGGGCAGCUCGGAGCGUUUCAGCCUGCAGAAGCCGACGCUAUCAGAGGAGGACGGAGCUGUUGUCAAGGUUACCACUGUUGCCAAGGCUGUAACCAGCAGCCCGUCGGUGUUCAGCCGUGUGAGGCAGGUGCACAGACAGCAGGAGGCACGAGAGGACAGCCAGGCUGGAGGCAACAGCACACCUGUCAGAGGGGAGCUGUUCGCCUCGCCGCAGAGGAGCUCCCAGACGUCCUCCCAGAUGUUUUCGCCGGGAUGCAACAGCCUCCCCAACAGCCAAUCAGAGGCUUCACCACAGGAAGUGUCAGCAGCACCGCAGGAGACCGCUAAGGAUCGCCCCGGCCCCGCCGCGCAGUCCGAGGAGAGACGAGGACCGCCUCCAGCUCCAGAGACGCCCACCCCGAACAGGACAGACGCCAGACAGAGGCAGACCGCCGACAACGCCGUCACUUCCAGUCCGUCCAACAAGCUCCGUCAGCGGACGGUGUCCCAGCAGACCAGCUUCGACGCUCCGGGACUUCGCUCCCCAACAGAGUCUCAGCCCUUCAGAAGAACCACAGGCCCCGCCCACCGCAGGCACGUGCGCACCAUCCAGGAAGUGCGGACCACCGUCACACGGAUCAUCACAGACGUGUACUACGAGGACGGCAAAGAGGUGGAUCGCAAAGUCACCGAGGAGAACGAGGAGCCCGUGGUGGACUGCCAGGUGUUGGACAGCGACAUCUCUCCGUGCCGCACGGGCAGCAGCUCCGUGACCUCCGGUGACCUCGCUGACAUCAGCUCUCUGUCGUCCAAAGCCUCCAGCCUGCAGCACAGCUCCGGAGGAACCAGCAGCAGCGGCUUCACCAGGCCGGACUUCAUCAUGCCGCCCAGCCGAGGGUUCCUCAGUCCCAGGAGGGGAGGCGGGCAGCAACAGAGGGGUCACAGGGGUCAAAGGGCGGGGUCAGUGGUCACGGUGAAGUCCCGGGCCUUCGUCCCGCUGAUCCCCAGAGGAAGGGCUCGAAGGGGCCGACCCCCGUCCCGCUCAUCCCUGUCCAGGGGGGGAGGCGGCGGCUCGCUGCACAGGCUCGGCGCUCAGCCUCAGUCCUCCUCGGAGGACGAGCCCUACACCCGCAUCCAUCCCGCUCGCCUCCCCGUCAGCCCCACAGACGGCGAGCUCCCCAGUCACUCGGACUCGCUCAGGUCGUCGCCGGAGGCGAGCUCGGUGGGCAGCAGCUUCGUGGGCCUGCGGGUGGUGGCCAAGUGGUCGUCCAACGGCUACUUCUACUCGGGCCGCAUCAUCAAGGACGCCGGGGAGGGGAGGUUCCGCCUGCGGUUUGACGACGGCUACGAGUGCGAGGUGGCGGGGAAGGACAUCCUGCUGUGUGAUCCCAUCCCGCUGGAGACGGAGGUCACGGCUUUGCUGGAGGACGAGUACUUCAGCAUCGGUGUUGUUCGGGGCCAUAAAACAGAGGGUCAGGACCUGUUCUACAGCGUGGAGAGGGACGGACAGAAGCAGUGGUACAACAGGACGGCGGUCAUCCUGUCUCUGGAGCAGGGGAACAAGCUGAGGGAGCAGCACAGCCUCGGACCUUACGAGCCCUCCACGCCGCUCGCCAAGGCCUCCGACAUCAGCCUCGAUAACCUGGUGGAGGGAAAGAGGCGGCGCAGAGGGGGCCCCGGCGCCGAGAACACGCCCGACCACAGCUCCUCCAGCAGCCCCCGCACCCCCGGCCCCUCCGGCAAGAGGAAGCUGAUGAGCUCAGAGGACGCCAGGACGCCGGCCAAGAGGGGCCGCAGAGGCCUGGGCGCCAGAGCCGCUCAGCGGGUCGGGGUGUGUAACACCUCCGGCAGCGGCACUGAUCUGCCCGGUCAGUCGUGCGACGUGGCGGAGACUCACGGUCCGCUGCCCCAGAACACGACUCUCUUCAUGGGCUUCGCCUUCAUGCUGACCGCCUCGUCGGAGGUCGACCGUUUGACCAACAAGCACAGCAGCGACGACGAGGACGAUUACGUGCAGACGGGUCCGUACAACAAAGCGUACACGGAGUCUCAGCUGCAGGCGGGCGGAGGAUUCGUCCUGCCGGAUUUCAACGAGGAGCAGGUGAGCCAAAACUCCACAACUGUCUGUCUGCAUCCACGAUGUAGCCCGUUCAAGUCUCUGCGGGUCCUCCUGGUGUUCGAGAAGCCGGUGGAGCUCUGGGCUCAGCUGCUCACCAUGGGUGGCGGUUCUACGGUCAGACAGUUCCAGGCAGAGAAGGACAGCUCAGACAUUCCUGCUGGCAAGUACGACGUUGUGGUGACGGACCGCGCCUGUCCGCCAUCGGUGGAGAAAAAGAAAAAUAAUCAAGAAGUUCUGCUGGUGACUCCUGAGUGGAUCAUCCAGAGCGUUAUCCGCGGGGAGCGCCUGCGUUUCCACAGGAGGCCUCAGUAUCACCACGACUACGCCUCCUCAUAA